UUUGUUAUUGUCACGUGACUCCUCCCGGAAGCUCCUCCUCAUCGCCUCGCGGGCAUCUAAAGUGAUGAAACGCGCUGAAAUCAACCUCUGACGUCUCUUUAAGACGACCGGUACCGGUACCACCGUCACUCAGUGAGAACAGAAAAAUCCCGGAGACGUUUGCCCGCUGAUUUACCGGAUUUAACGCUGAACUCGCGGCGGCUUUAGCAUUAGCUUAGCAUAACUCAAGACGAGGAAGAGCCACAAGGCGGAGACUGAAGAGAAAGUAACUUUUUUGACAUCGACAUUCUUUUCUAAAAUGCGAGGUCGAGAGAGGAGGUCCCACCUGGGGCUGCUGCUCCUGGCCUCUCAGGUGUUCCAGGUGGGCCUGGACAGGAUCCCCCCCGUCACUCUGGCCGUCAUGGCCCUCAACGUGUACCUUUACCUAUUCCCUGCGGCCCCCCUCAUGAAGACCUGCAUCAGCGUACAUCAAGCGUAUCAUUAUAAAGACUGGCGCCGACUCCUGCUGUCCCCCGUGCACCACGCCGAUGACCUACACCUUUACUUCAACAUGGUGUCCUUCCUCUGGAAGGGGAUCCGGCUGGAGCGGCGGCUGGGGGGGGCAUGGUUCCUCUACCUGCUGUCCGUCUUCUCUCUGCUCACCGGAUGCGUUUAUCUGUUGCUGGAGGGCCUGCUGACGGAGCUGACCCAGGAUUCGUCCCACAGCGCGGCGUGCGCUGUUGGUUUCUCAGGUGUCCUAUUUGCUCUGAAGGUGCUCAGUAACCAUUACCAUCCUGGAGGAGUGACCUACGUCAUGGGCUUCCCCGUCUCCAACCGCUACGUCAGCUGGGUGGAGCUUGUACUGAUCCACAUCACUUCCCCCGGAACCUCUUUUGUUGGUCACCUGGCAGGAAUUCUGGUGGGUUUGCUCUACACGGCCGGUCCGCUGAAGACCCUCAUGAAGAAAUGUGCAGAGUUUGUGAACACGAGUGGACAAAGUUCUCAUGCCGGCCCGGCCUUCAGCGGCUCAGGUUACAGCGGCUUCGCAGGAGGACGCUCAGGAAACUUCCAGCCCCCGCCGCCAUACACGGCGUCCUACACGGGAGGGCUGACAGAGGAGGAGCAGCUGGAGGCGGCCAUUAGAAACAGUCUGAAUGACAGAGGACAAAACUACCAGAGAGGAGCGCCACCGCCGUACGGCUUCAACCUGCCCAACGAGCCGACAGACGACGAGUUGCGGUGGAGGAGGCUGAGGAGGUUCGACAGCUGAGGAGCAGCUCCAGGAGGACAGACUGAAGUGUGAUGAGGAGGGAUGAGGUCCAGCAGAGGUUUACAGACUCAUUUUUUUAAAAGCCCACAAGAGGAUGACGUCACCAGCUCUUAUUGUGAAGUAGUUCUCAGACGAGCAGCGUGAUGGAACCAGCAGCUGCACAGUCCUGCUGCUCCAGAGGAACUCUGAAAUAAAUGUGAUGCACUGACGUGAAGA